UCCACCUCUCACUUCCUUUGUCCCUCCUCCGACUGACUGCCCGUCCGUCCUCAGCCUUUUGCAUUUUUAUCUUAGAGAAGUGAAUCAACCAUCGCUGAGGAUGGAGCCCAGACCCCCCAAACUACUGCUCCUGCUUCUCACCAGACUCCUGUACUUAUGGCAAUGUGCCAGGGGACAGUCAUCUUACACUAUAGACAACGUUGGCCUUACAAUCCAACCCAGCAACACAGUUGUGAGUGGGACACCAGUGACCUUACGCUGCCAGGUCAGCGUCAGCCACGACAACAUCCCUCACCUGACUCACACCUUCCUGCUGACUCAAGACGACAUUCUCGUCCACUCCUCCACCACCACGGAAGACUCAGUCUUGUAUGAACUGAACCCAGCCAGGGCGGCGGACUCUGGAAGUUAUGAAUGUAGGGUCACAGUCAAGGGAAAAAGCAGAGCCAGCUUCAGCCAGAAACUCGACGUUACAGGCCUACAGACUCCCAUUCUUCAUUUAAAUAAGACAAGACCAUAUGAGGGCGAGGAGUUCACAGCCAGCUGCAGUGCUCCAGAGGAGAAAGGAUCCCUCAUCUUCCGGUUCUACCAAAGAUUGAGGAGCGGACAGUCAGAGAGACUUAAGCAACUGGCAGCCACUGGGAACUCCUCAGAGACCACGUUGCACCUGAGGGUGGCUAGAGACAGCUUAUUGUACUGUGACUAUGAAAUAAAUCUGGUUUCAGGGGCCAGACGCUCCAACCAAAGCAAUGAGAUUCAAGUCGUAGUCCAAGCGCUCUACAUUUCUCCAACUGUGAACGUGCUGCCCUCCUCUGAUGUUUAUGAGGGUGAUGUAGUGGAAGUGGUCUGUAAAGUGGUAAGUGAACUGAAGAACAUUGAAGUUUUCCUGACAAGGGACAGGAGGAUCCUAAAGCAAGCAUCGGUCAGCCUCGUUUAUCGCUUCACAGCACAGGAGGGCGACUAUGGGGAGCUCGUGUGCAAGGCCGAGUGGGGCAAUGUGCAAAAGGAAACAUAUCUACCAAUCACUGUCAAAGAGCUGUUUUCAAAGCCAACCCUUACUCUGGAGCCUAUGGACCUCUUCGAAGGAGACCGCUUCAAACUGACCUGCUCUGUCUCCGUAUAUGUUCCUGAGAAGAUCAACAACGAGAGCAUGAUUUUCUCCAUCUACAAAGAUAAUGUCAAGCUCACAAAUGGAGAGACAUUCAUUUCUGUGGCACACCCUAAAAAAAAUGGCAACUACAGCUGCAAAGUCCAAGCUGCUUCUCACAACCACAGUUUUGUCAAAGAAAGCCAAACGGUCGUAGUGAAAGCAAAAGUUCCUGUCUCAGUGCCAAAGCUGAGUGUGCUGGGGGGUACGCUGGUGUUGGGGAAACCCUUCCAGCUGCUCUGUCAAAGUGACAGUGGCACUCUACCUGUUGUCUACACCCUGAACUUCCUUCAACAGCAACCUGAGCAAAGGGAGAUUAGCAAACCCGGGGAAAGGGCCAUCUUCAACUGCACAGCCAUCCACAAACAGGCAGACUUAAGCGACAUUAUUUGCCACGUGAAUAACAGUAAACAAAGGCCUGUCGUGGUUGGAUUAGGGCAGCAGUUGCUACGUGCAACCAACAUCAUAGAGCCAGUGUACGCGCCUAUCCUGAUCAUGCGUCCCAGCGCUGAGGACGUCUCUGAGGGGCAGGACCUGACACUCAUCUGUUCUGUGCAAAGAGGGACUCCACCUGUCACCUUCACAUGGUACCACACUGAAAGAGAAGCAGCUCUUGAUUCUCAGUCCUCCAAUAAAUUAGCGGGAUCUCACAGGAUCAACAAUGUCAAAGGGGAGCACCGAGGGGGAUACUACUGUGAGAGCACCAACCCGGCUAAUGAAACCAAGCGGAGUCAAACUGUUACGAUUGGAGUGAAGCUGGCAGGAUGGAAGCAAGGUCUCAUUGCAGUCUUCUGCCUCCUGCUUGUGCUCGCCGUGAUCCUUGUUAUCGUCUUUAGGAAACGUCUCCUUCAGUUUAAGAGAAGGAGAACUGCUGAGCUGUCAGUGAAGUCAGCCGGCACCAAAGUGGAACGGCUGAGCCUCACCCAGGCAGAGGUCAAUGAGGCCGCCAAUGUCACACCAGGCAUUAUGGGAAAGAGUGUUUGGAGUGAACAUGUAUCAGGAUCUGAGUCAGAUGACCAGAAUAGUGUGACCUCUCCAGAGAAGCAGGAGCCUCGAUACACUGAGGUGCCACCCAGACCGGAAAAUCCAACCAUAGUUUUGGUGGAAUUCGGCCCGGAGACGAUGAACAGCGAAGUCCGCAACUCCAAACAGGGUGUUCCAGAGCAGCCUGAUGGUGAGUCGGUGGAGUACGCACAGCUGAAUCAUGACCACGGUCACCACGGUGACCAAGGUAACCAUGGUGACAACAGGAUCAAGGAUGAACACACAGUCAAGAUUGACAACAGUGAUGACAACAACACAGCUGACCACGAGGAAUCAGCCAAGGACCAAACACCAGACUCUUAAUUUACCCAAAAGAAUAUUUAUUCCAUAAUCAAUCCGGCGCUUUAAAGCAGCUGGAGUCACGGCAAUUACGUACUUUAGUAUUUUGGUAAAUCUUUCAUACUGUACACUCACUCUGAAGUGCAAAUAAACAGUUUUUGUAAAGUG